UCUCAUUUCUUGUUUUACCAGUGGCUAGCAAGGAUGUAUGGUGUGAUAGUUUUGAAUUGUUGAGAAUAACUUAUCGACAGUGCUUGAGGAAUUUUCCAAAAAAAUACUCAAGAUGACCACAGUUAAUCCUUUAAACAAUGGAACUGAUACACUCUGCCUCGGCAGUGAUACAAAUCAAGAUGAAGAGACAAAUUCAACUUCAAAAUUAAACUCGUGGAUCAUACCGGUGAAAAAGUGUGAUAAAAACGGCGAAGCGCACAGUUCCAAGCCUGCCAUAAAAUGUGAUUCAUCAAUCGAACCUCGCCUGGCCCAGAUCGGAGCGUUGUACAACCCUAAUCGCACGCAGUACAUCAAGAAAAAGGCUUCAUCCGAAAAGAAAAUCGACCAGCUCAACUAUUCCGCGCGAUUUACCUUUGUCAAACUGGAAAUAAAGCUGCACAGUGAGGGCAGCAUCAUGACAACGGAAAAUAACUUUAUAGCUGCAGUGAAAUUUGAACACCCCGAGCAGCUUGACGAUUGUGGCAAUUUUGCGCAAGCGAAGGAAGUGCUGAUUGAGCAGUUACGAAUCACGUGCAUCUAUCGCGAUGGUUUGCGGGAGGCGCGGGACAGUCUACGGAAGAGGUUGAUUCCAGCCAUCGAAAGUGCCAUUGAAAAAUCUGCUUUCAAUGAUAAACAUGCCAACAAUUACAUACAACUGGUGCGGAUAGCGAGCAUGCUGAACAAUAGUGGCCGGAUGAGCUAUCGAAAUCUGUGCAGGGAAAUUAGUACCAACAACAUUGUGACCGAAGAGUUAAAGUCUUUUUCAAAGGAGCUAUUUCAACUAGAGGAGACAGUACUGAAAAGAGAUAAAUGGUUCGCAGCAUUUAAAAUUCAAGGAGAAGACCAAAAAUUAGGCUUAAAUGAUGAGCUGGAGAAACUACUGCAGCAGACAUAUGUUUUUUUCACAAAUACUUUGAUAGAUGGUUCUCCAGAGUCUUUACAAACUGUUUUACGGUCAAUGUGUAAAGAGCGCAUGAUGUUGGUUAGCAGUGAAGAUAUUAAACUUUUCAAAGACAUUGCUUCCUUUUUAAAUAAGGAAAUAUUUCAAAAACCAUUGGACGAUUUAAUUACUUGUUGGAAUCAUUUGAUGGAAGGUAUAAAGAUUGAAGAAACCCGAGAGGUAGUUUGUUUUACGAAACCUAUAUUUUUCUUUCUUUGCAAAAGUUUGGAAGAAGUUAUAAUUAGUAUUGCUAAUAAGGCUGGUAUUGAGUUCCACAAACUUAUCACUAGUGACGAAAACGGAUGGUAUCCACUAAGAUCUAUAAAAUGGAAAGAUGAACAGCCGUUAAAUCGGUGUCUAGAAUUUGAGUAUUAUUUUAUCUUCAAAUUGAUCAAGCAUUUCAAACUAACGCAUCAUAACAACAGUCCAUUCAAUUACAGUGUGGCGUUACUGAAUAGAUCAAAAACAACAAAUUAUCGAGGCAUUCUGGAAAGUGCGAAAAAAAUGAUAACUUUCAGCAAGCCCAAAAAUCAUCUCGCAGUUUCAAACGAAAUUUUCAUCUGGUACUGCAUGCUGGACGACGUCCUAUCGAAUGUGCUGCCCUAUGCCGCGAUCAAACACGGUGGAGAGCUGGAUCUGUUUGGGGACAUUUUGCAGAACUACACCAAGUUAGUUCGCGAAGCAGGCCAUGCUCAGCUGGAGACGGUGCGCGUGAUCAGCCAUUCUCUAGGUCGCUUCAUCGUCCAAGCAAUCCAGCUACUGAAGCAGGACUGCAACGCAACCGUUGAGAAACGCGUACUCCAUGGCCAACUGGAUGUCGUCGGUCGGGUUGGGUUUGAAUCGUCCAAUUACUUUCGGGAUUUGAUCGACGUUUUCAGUGGUUAUUGGAGGUGUAGGAAUGAGAUUAUUACUGAGCUGCCGGGGAAAAUUGAUUUGCCCGAAAUGAAAAUAAUUUGUGACAAACUGUUGGAAAUCGUUUUGGUUGCCCUUGGAAAGGGUGUUGGUGCUGGUGAAAUAGUAAAUUUUUGCCGCACAUAUAACGACUUAAUCAUUGAUUUGGGUGAAGUUCGGUUCGAUUGGUUUGUUAAAUUUGCGAUCACUGAAACUGAAUGUCUUGAUACCUCUAUUUUGCAAGUGGUUGAAAACAAAUGGAGUGACUCUGACAACGCAACAUACCGCGUAAUCAAACUGGACGAUUUUCUUGAUGCUCAUGAUCCACCUCCAAAGCACUACACUAUUGACGUAAUUAACACAUUGCUAUCCAACAUUCUAAUUCAGUUGGGUAAAAAUGAAUGGAGUCCAAACAACAUUAUUUCUGCAAAGGAUCAAAUUUUAACAUCUAGUAGUCUGAUCUCUGCUAUCAGAAGCUCACUCAUUUAUCUCGCUGAACAGCCGAAUUAUGUUUCCUUUGAUCGGUUUUACGAAGAAAGAGUUAAUCCAUUUGUUAGCGUGGUGGGAAACAGCUCCAGUAAUAGCGAUUUUACAACUCGAAUCAGUUUAAUAAAAGAAUCGUUUUGGUACAUUCGAAAACAAAAUGAGAUGAGUAUUGAUCAUGCGUUGGAACUAUUCGAAAAACUUAAUGAAAAUGUUGAUAGUGAUCUAUUACGAAAAGCUUACAAUUUAUAUUGCGAACACUUUGAUAAAACCAUGGAAGGUUCGAUGGGAAAAGAGCAUGUAGAUAGAGUGCUUUUUGUUGCAAAACAAGUGAAAGAAUCUGUAAAGCAAAUUCACUUUAAGCUUUGGAAUUCACAGUUUAAGCAACUUUCUCUACCAAUUAUUUUGGCAAAAGUAGCUGCCGUUUGGACUAUCCAAGUGUCUGAAGAUGUUUCCAGUACAGUGGGAUACUUUAAACCGCACUGUAUUCAAGUACUCUGUGUAUUGAGAAUGUUAAGCGCUGAUACGGUUGAAGAGGGUGUGGGAAAACAUUUUGCGCAAAUUUUGACUGGACAAGGCAAAUCACUUGUUUUAGCACUAACAGCAGCGAUUUUAGCACUAACUGGACAUUCCGUGGAUAUUGUUUGCUACAAUAUAUAUUUAGUUGUGAGAGAUCUGCUGGAUUUUGGGGCUUUUUUUAGAGUUUUAGAAAUCGAAGAUAAUAUUGAAUACAACACAUUUCAGGGCAUGGCAAAUAAAUUAAUUACUUUAAGAACAAAUGACAAUACUGGCAAACGUGUCGAUAUAAGAGAAUUGAUAGAAAAUCAAUUGUUAAAUAAAGUUCAACCUUCCCUCGCAGUAGCUGAUGCCACCAGAGAAAAAUCAAUUUUGUUGAUAGAUGAAGCAGAUGUGUUUUUUACAAAAGAUUUUUACGGUAAAUGCUAUUUUCCCGCUGUUCGACCAACGGUCCCAGAAUUAUACUUGAUACAGGAACAAGCUUGGAAAAUAGUUAAUGAAUGUAUGUAUGAACAUGAAUUGGAUCACUGCAAAGAAAGAAUGCUUGCUUCAGACGCAGUCAAGAAUCUCAAAGAAUUUCACACAUUUAUCAGAGAAUCUCCAUAUAAACUAUUGAAAAAAAUUAAUGGUGGUUACCAACGGAUGUUAUAUUCAAAUCGAAAACUAUUUGAUGAACAUUUGCAAGAAAUGAUAAAUUGUGCUUGGAAAAUCAAACAACAUUCAGAAUCAUUUAAAUCCACAUUCAGACUGAGUGAAAAAGAAACCAUUCAUAUCAUGGAUGGUACUGGUGAGUUUUCAAACAGAACAAGUCAUGGUUAUUAUAAUAUCUUCUAUUACUUUCAACUAAAGCGAACUGAUUUUGUCCCUAAAAUAGAUGACGAAGACAAUUAUGGCUAUUUUGUAAUCAACUGUGGAGCCAUUUCUUAUGCUCUUUUGCCUCUAAACUAUCCUUUGAUAUUAGGAGUGACUGGCACAUUGAACGAUCUUAAUACUCACGAAAGAGAUGCCAUUGAAAAUCUGUACAAAAUAAAACAGCAAUCUUUUAUGCCGUCUUAUUUUGGUUGUUCAAACUUGCGUUUUGAUGAAGAAGAGGAUUUUCAUUAUAAUAUCGCUGUAGAGUCAUGGAUGAACGAAAUCUACCGACAUACUUAUACUGAAAUAGCAGAAAAUCGUGCCGUUAUUAUCUUCUUUGAAACCGAUGAAAAGUUAGAAAACUUCCACAAAGAAUAUUCUUCCAAAUUUGAUCGCAUAAAUAUCCUAACUAACAACACAAAAUCAACCGAGCGUGUUAAAUUUAUUAACGAAGCAGGCGUUGCCAAAACGGUCACACUGGCCACUCGUCAAAUGGGACGUGGAGUGGACUUUAAAUCCAGCGUGGUCGUAGAGAAAAAUGGCGGCGUACACGUGAUUCAAACUUUUUUCUCGCCGGAUGUAAAAGAGGAGAUUCAAAUUAAAGGGCGCACUGCUAGAAAAGAUAACAAGGGAAGUUACGAAUUGAUUGUGUCCGGAAAGGAUCUGCCGGAAAUGGAGCCUGAAACAGAAAUUGAUUCAGGCUAUUCGUAUAAAAUCCUCGACAAAGAUAGAAGAAUAAAGUCGUUGAAAACAAAUGAAAAAUUGGCUGCCGACAUUAAACAAGCACAGAAUAAUCAUGAGCUGACAAUGGAAUACUUGCAAUCAUUUUGUGAGAAAAAGUAAUUUUUAAACAGUGACAUGUUAUACUAAAAGUAAAUGUAUCAAAUGAAAAAGAAUAAUAAAAUUAAA